AUGAGAGCAUAUAGAUGUCUUGUAGCUUUAAAAGGAGGGCAUCACAAUGUCAAUGGGACUCCGGUGGAUUUUAAAAACUUUAGCCACCAGUUGCGAAUUUUUAUUGGUGAACGCGACGCACAAGUUUUCCUCGAACGCCUGCGUGAGCGCUUUGACAACCUACCCAACUUCUAUUUUGAUUACAUUGUAUCAAAUGGAAAGUUUUCUUCUGUAUUCUGGGCUGAUGAGAUUUCAAAGCUAAACUACAAAGCUUUUGGCGAUGUCCUCGCGUUUGAGGCAACUUACAGCACUAACAGGUACAAGAUGGUUUUUGUGCCAUUCACGGGUGUGGAUCAUCAUUUCCAAUGUGUUACAUUUGGAGCGGGUUUGAUAUCAACCGAGUCCAUUGAAUCUUAUGUGUGGUUGCUUAAGGCUUUCUUGAAAGCACACGGUACUCAACCAACUCUCGUGCUGAGUGAUCAAGACCCAUCCAUGCUACAAGCUGUUCGUAUGGUCUUUACCGAAUCACGACACCGUCUAUGCAUGUGGCAUAUAAUGAAAAAACUACCCUCCAAGAUCUCUGCGGACGUUCUCGAUAACACUGAUCUUCGGUCCUGCAUUCACCGGUUGGUUUGGAAUGUUUAUAUCAAACCUGAAACGUUUGAGUCCCGCUGGAAUGACCUCCUACAAACAUUUGGACUUCAAGACCACAGCUGGUUGAACGACAUGUACAACAUCAAACAUCUUUGGGUACCAGCGUACUUCAGGGAACUGCCCAUGUGUUGCUUAAUGAAGACCACUUCACGCUGCGAAAGCUCUAACGCUGCCUUCAAGGUCAACUCAACAAGCGCAAACACCCUUGUACAAUUUAUGAUGUGCUUUGAAAAUAGGGUAGACAGCCAACGAUAUCGGCAACGUGUAUCGGAGUACAAAACCUCAUCCACGAUGUUCACUGGCAAUACUGAUUUAGCAAUAGAACAGCACGCGUUCGCCAUUUACACAAACGCUGUUUUCGCGCAAGUUCAAAAGGAGAUAAUUAAAGGGAAGUUUUUAUGCUACAUCACAAACCAAACCGAGUCCGACAAUUCCAGUCUUCUGAUAGACGUCACUCAUUUGGAUAAAAGGAACAACAUCACAAACGUCUAUCAGGUUACGUAUAACACUGUAGACCAAUCCGCCAGUUGCUCAUGCAGGAAUUUCACACGUAUCGGAUAUCUGUGUCGCCAUGUCUUUUGCGUCUAUCGAUUGAAAAAUCUUGAAAGGAUUCCACCCCAAUACAUAAACGAUUGGUGGCGUCGAGAUGCCCUCCCCAAACAGGUUUUUUCAAUUUCCAGCCGAUACGGAGUCAACCCACACGCACCGUCCGUUAUGCGGAACGAAAUCCUCGACCUCGUUACUGAAUGCGUUGAUGUGGCCAGAACCGAUGAGGAUUCGUUGGCAAAAUUGGUUGACCAACUAAGGGAUUUCAAGAUCAAUGUGCUUUCCAAGCAACCAUUGUCUACAAUUCAAACUGAAUCAAACGAGUGUGAAAUGGAAGAAAUAGUUGGGCAGCCAAUCAACAUUCCAGUCGAAGUUGCUAAGCCAGGAGUUGCACGCAAUAAAGGAUGUGGUACUCAUACUCGAAUUUCUGGGCCUGGUGAGAAGGCAAAGGCAAAACCACCAAAACGUCCAAAGCAGCUUCGUUUAUGCAAGCGUUGUGGUCUGUAUGUCGACGGCCACGACUCACGCAACAGCGUUAAGGUGGCUGCAAUGAAAGCAGCAAAGGCAGCUGCUGAACAACAAAGGCAGACCGCCACCGGUGCCUCACCCUCUGAUUAAAAUCUUUAUUGUCGUUUUCUAGUACUAUGUAAUGGGAGACUCUCUUCAUUUUGGCCUUCUUACACACAUGUAACAGUCUUUUGACAUCCUCCUGUUCUUCUCUGUUACGUGUGUAAGAAGGUGGAACUAUUUUGAUCCCAUUUAUCAUAAAUAGGAUUGUAAGAAACUCUAUGGCCUUGGCCACUUUUGUGUUUGUAGCCCUACUUUUUUGGGGACCUCUGUUUGCUAUUAAUGGGCUUAUCUUAAUAUUAUAUGCAUUG